AUGAGAAAAGAAGGAAAAGGAGAUGCGAGAGAAACCAGGGAGAAAGGAAGAAGAAGAAGAGAAGAAAGAGAGAGGAGAAGAAAGAGAAUGAGGGAGAGCGAGAGAGAGAGAGCACGUACCAUGGAAAGUCGGAGACGUCAUCGGAGAUCUAGACCAGUACCGCCGGCCACCAUUAAUCAUCACCAUCGGUCCGAGCAUCACCGGAGGUCACAUCCAUCACCGUCGGAGCUUCCGAUCAACCGCCGUAAGCUCACGCCCGUGAGGAUUGAGAGUGCACAUCAGUCUCUUGCGCAGCAAGCAAUCGAAUCUUCACCGAAGUACAUCAGUCUCUUGAUUGUUGAGUGUUGA